AUGGUCCCGAUGGAUAGGUUUAUCAGCCAAGCGCUGGCUGGCUUCUCUAGCUACCGUGCCUUGAAGGUGUCAGGCGAGACACCUGCAGAUUUGCAGGAUUUUGCUGCGGCAUUGGUGCGAUUUGCAUGCUACCCUGGUGGAAGGCUUUUUCCUGGCGGCGCGGUUGUGGUGAAAAGUGAGGUGCAAGGCGGUGUGCUUUCGCAGCAGCAGAUGUGCGACAUCUUUCUGCCCAUCAUGAGGAGCCACGGCACGCUGGUUCGCAAGAUGGGCCGUCGUCUUGCUCGGCCAGCUCUCCGCGGUGAGGAGGUGCAGACGAUCAUCAACGGAGAGUGUGUGGCCAAGACAGUGGUGACUGACGACAGCAGCUAUGUCAUUCAGCAGGAUUCUGUGGACAGAGAGCUUUAUGUGCUGAGUGAGGAGAAGUUUGAGAGGAACUACGAGCUGCCUGGCUUUGACAUCUCCGAGAAGAGCCCAGAGAGUGACUUGAUGAGGCACUUGUCGCGUGCAUCUGAAAAUUACCUCGAACUCCUUUUAAUGUGA